AUGACGAGGAAGGCAUUAAUGUCGUCAAUGAACAGUCUCCUAAGGGGAAUCUUUUGGCAAAAAGUACGAUACAAUGCUCAUAUCGAGUUGUCCAUUAUGCGUCCGAUGAAGAGCAUGGCACUAAAACAGGUGGAUUAUUUGAAGAGGAAGAAGUAG